AUGUUUAAGCUCACUCUUAGAUCAUUAUUAUUUCCGAUAGUUAUUGUAUUUCUAUUUAUCCCACAUUGUUUGAGCAUUGACCGCAAUACUCAAGAAUUGAUAGAUAAGGUUUGUAGGAGCACCUUUGACUAUGGAUAUUGUGCAAAUGUGUUUAAGAAGAAUUUGUACACGCCUCAUACAGACAUCAGAGGAUUAGCUGAAAUUGCAAUCACAGAGUCAUUAAUACACGCAACGGAUACACUAAAAUUCGUAGUGGGUUUGAUCGACUCGGGAAGGAAUGUGGAGUUGUUAGAUCUUUAUAAGAUUUGUGAAGUUACGUAUGAGAAUAUGGUGCACGAAUUCACAGAUGCGAGUUUCGCAUUUGCAAGAGGAGACUAUAGAAUUGGGUCACUGAAGACACGCGAUUUGAGAACAAGGGACCGGGCGAAGACGACCCUGAAAUCCGGGACCAGCUUUCGGGUCACACCGAGGGGCAGAGCUGGUCGAGGAACAAAGUUGACGGGGAUGGAGCGUGACAUAAUUCUUGAGAACGGCACUUCGAUUGACCAAGGGACGACGUGGACUUCCACGUAA